ACUUCACGAGGAAAAGUGUCUGUUCCCGAGGAAAGCCUGACUCAUUCACAUGAUACGUUUACAGUUCUGAAAACUGUUAAGUCUCUACUUGACACCCUGUGCAGUUCUUUUUAAAAAUAUAUACCCCAUUAUUCAAGCUGCAUACGUUCCUGACGUCAUAUUGCAACCGCACUGUAUAUAUAGUGUGCAGCUAGCAUCUGAACGACAGAGACUUCGACGCACUUCCACCAGUCAUUACCGACAGUUUGAUUGACUAUGGCUGAAUCUGGAUCUGACCCAACUGCUCCCCCGAAACCUCACCGGAAGCCAGUGCUUGAAGACGAAGCAUCUGUUGAUGAUGAUGUUCUGACGGAACUCUACACUGGCAGAAGCUAUCUUAAAACUAAACGACGUAUAAUGCUAAUAGGCAAAACCGGAACGGGAAAAAGUGCGACCGCCAAUACGUUUCUUGGAAAGGAGAAAUUUAAGUCAAUACCAGGCACUAUAUCAGUCACGACAAGGUGUCAGUUUGCUGAAGUCGAGAUUGCCAAUAGGUCAUUUCUAUUGGUCGAUACACCAGGGAUGUUUGAUACAUGUAUUUCAAAUGAGGAGAUCUCAAAGGAGAUCAUGAAAUGUGCAGCUCUUGCCUCCCCUGGUAUCCAUGCCGUCAUCCUGGUUAUCAGAAUUGGGAGAUAUACAGAGGAAGAACAGAAAACAGUUGAGCUAUUUAAGGAGAACUUUGGACAUGAGCUGACAAAAUACAUGAUGAUCAUCUGUACCGGGAAGGACGACCUCGAAUACGGUGGGAUCACACAAGAAGCAUACAUGGAAACAUGUUCAUCUUCAUUUCAGGGGCUUGUCUCUGAAUGCGGAGGAAGAUUACACUUUUUAAACAACAGAUCUAGUAAAGAGCAAAAAGAUACGUUCAGAAGGGAGCUGGUAGAUGCCAUUGACACAAUGGUGGAGGAAAAUGGUGGAAGAUGUUACACUAACCAAAUAUUAGAGGGGGCUGAGGCCAUAAUGAAGGAUAAAGAAAAGGAACUGAAGAAAGAGAUUGCGAAGGCACGUAGACCAGAAAGGGAAAAGUUACAGCAACAGUUAGAAAAAAUCUUUAAUAAAAACAACCCACAGCUCGUGAAGAUGACAGCGGUGAACAAUGGAAAUGCAAAAGACGUUGCGCAGAGGACUCUAGAAGUACUAGAGAAGAAAUAUAUGGAACUCAAGCGCAAGUUUAAAAAAGUCAAAGAUGAAGUGGACAAGCAGCUGAGAGAGAAAGAGGACGAGUUAAAGAAGCUUAAGGAAGAUAAUGAACGGCUGGUGGAAGCAGAACAACAGAAGUUGCAUGAGGAGAAGCUGAAGGUUGAAGAGGCGAAAAGGUUAAAGGAGGAGAUAGACGAGAUAGAAAUGAAGGACGAAGAAGAGGCAAGAUUCCAAGCAAGGAAGGAAAUUGAGGAGGAAAAGGGAUUCUUUGAUGUCUUCCUGAGGGGUUGGAAUAAACUGAAAAGCAUGUUCACUCGUCUAACCAAGAAAUAAGGCUCAACUCGUAACGGUCCAGUCAUCGUAGCACCCCACCUACUCAAUACUGGCCAGCAGUCGGCCGCUCUAUAUGAGUUUUUGAGUUUGAGCUCGCUGGAGAAUGCGAUGUCUGCAAAUCUUAUUCUAUUUCAUAUUAAUCCUAUGCUCUUAUAAUACCACCUAUUGGUUUGGUAUAUUAUGUAUUCCAUGUAUCUGCAGGCAAAGUCACACGCUGAAAGUGUUUAAGACAGUAUGAUUUUCAUGCAAUAGCGACAUAAAGUAGUAAUCUGCAGAUAUUUCUCUUGCAGUAACAAUCAUAUUACACCUCAAUGUACAUAUCUGCCUAGGAGGAAUGUAAUUCUUUAACAGUAUUUGUGAGUAGCUCACCUUCAUGUAUGCAUUGUGAUACGUACAUCUCCAAUAUUGGUUCAGUCCUUAGUUUGCCAUUCGCAUCUUCAAAACUUUCGAAAAAUACAUCUCUUUUGUGAACUUUCACUGCUAGCUAGCCGUGAUUGUCGGCUCCAAAGUUCGCACUUGUGGUCGCUCAUUGCUAGAUGGUGCCUCCAUUGCCAGGAAUUGUUACACUUGACGACGUGCUCUGCGACUGUCUGAUCAGUUUGGAUAUUGUUGGAUAAAUUGGAUCAUCUACUGACUAGUUGCACCAAUAUAAUUGGCAAGGGUAUUAAAGUACCCCCUGUGCCCCUGCCAGUAAUCUGUGAAUAAUCAAUUUUCUUAGAAUAAACUUGCCUAGAUCAAUACUUACCACUUUUAGAAGUCAAAACGUCCUGAAGGUCAAGUACCCUAUUAAUCGGAAAGUCAGGUAGUACAUUUUUUUGCGUCUAGCUUAUUUACUCAUUAGAGUGAAUGCUUCUCUGGAUUACUGAUUGUCCUGUCAGCAUGUUGGUGAAGAUAUCUUAUGCAAUUGGUGGCGUACGGUUGUAAGUUAAUAGCUAACCUGAGCAUUAUUUAUUCCUUUUUCUAUCUAUCAGUUAUCCUUUCCAGUGUCUAGCCUCUUUAGAUUUCCCUCAUUGGUUGUAUCUAGCUGAUAAUAAUAAAACUGUCAAUGUCA